AUUGUGUAUCGGCGGAGCGCGUUCGCUAGACGUGUGACUCACGUUCCGAAUUCAAAUAUCCGAGUCGCGUUCGAUCGCCGAUCGUUACGAACCACGAGUUUAAUUCGGGCACCAUUAUUUUUGUGUACUGUUUUAUUUUAUUGUGUGUUUUGUGUUUUAUAUUUUGUUUUAGUACUUUAUUUCGCUUGACAGUACGUUACUGUUGAGGUUUAGUUUUGUGGAAAUAAUGCCGGAGCACCGGUGUGAUUGGACAGUUUAGCGUGCUCAGUUUGUUUCUGUUUCAAUUUGUUUUUGUUUCAAAAGUUUUUUAUUUAUUUUAUUUUUGGUUUCGUCAAAUACCUUCUUAUUAUUCUGAUGUCUGUGAACGCGAGAGGAACAAUGGUAACGCAUUUGAAGAAACAUGUCAUCUAAACGGAAGUCGCCACCGUCAAAAUUGCAAGAAGGUGCCGCCGAGAACGCCAAUACUGAAGCGGGACCCGCUACCCUGGAUUUCGCAGACCACCCCGAGUCUUCGGACGAGCAACACAGCUACUACAAACUCUCCCCAAGCUGCUCAACAAGGAGCUCGAUCAGCGAAGACGAACAGCCCAACGAAGACGAAAGACCAAGCAAAAAGCAACGUUUCGAAUCAUUAGAGAUGACCAACAAUCUAUUAGUACCAUCGUCUUUUCUAAGUCUGCACCAAAUAAACGAUCUGCAGGCUCGGAGACGUGGCUCCUCAGAAUGCAGCAGUCCUGGUGCUGAGGCGAAGGUUUUGGGUCUUUGUAAUAACAAUAACUCAUUGCUGAAUCAUAACAGUGCAUUAUCUUUGGCGCAUCCUCAUAAGAGGUCCAUGGAUGACGUGCUCAAGAGGUUGACCUCGAAAAUGAACAACAGUACAAUUAAAGAAGAAAAGCGGCCGACUCCGUCUACCACGCCAGUUAAGCAGAACAACGAGCGACGAGGAGUUCUAGACGCGGCGGCGAUCCAAGCCCUUGCCGGAGAGAGUGUACUGGAGAAGGAGCGGCAGGUCUCCGAGCUGAUACUGCAGCUGCAGAUGGUUCGGGAGCAGCUGUUAGCUCAACAGGAACACGCCAAGAGCAUAGGCAACAUGUCGGCGGAGUUAGAGCUGCAGAGGCUACAGCAGGAACAGCUGCGAAGACAGGAGCUGGUCCGUCGUGGACAGCACGGUCUCUAUCCUGGACCGCCGCUGGCGUUGCUGCCUCUGUUGGAGCAGAUGAGGCCGCAGCAACCUCAACCACCGAACAUGCAAUCGGCUCCGUGGCCAGCCACAGCCCAGCUGGCGCAGCUCUCCGCCAGCGCCCGAUCCCCACCGCCCCAAGACCCUGAUGCGCCACUAAACCUCAGCAAGCAGCGUUCCCCGUCUCCCCAGCAACCCAUGAUGCUGUCGAGAUUCGUGCCCUACCCACCAAUGGAAGAGAAGUCUCCGUAUAUGCAGAAAGACGACGACUACAACAACGCUUGCAACACUUCCUCGUGGUCUCAGUCUCCAGCCGAAGAUGUAGAGAAGGCAAAAUUGGUACGUCAGCCUCGCCGCGACGAGACCGGAAAACCGCACAUAAAAAGACCCAUGAACGCGUUCAUGGUUUGGGCAAAGGACGAACGCAGGAAGAUCCUCAAAGCGUGCCCCGAUAUGCACAAUUCCAACAUAUCCAAGAUCCUAGGAGCCAGAUGGAAGGCCAUGUCGAACGCUGAGAAGCAGCCUUAUUACGAAGAACAGUCAAGACUAUCGAAACUUCACAUGGAAAAACAUCCCGAUUACAGAUAUCGACCAAGACCGAAAAGAACGUGCAUUGUUGACGGGAAGAAGAUGCGAAUAUCCGAAUACAAGAAUCUGAUGCGGACGCGCCGACAGGAGAUGCGGCAGUUGUGGUGUCGCGACGGGGGCAGCGAGCUGGGCUUCCUGCCGGGGCUCUCGUCUCCGGGCCCCUCGAACAGUUCCCCUCCCCCGAACGGGGGCAGCUACAUGAACCAGUCGUUCUCCCCCCCGCUGUCCCCCGGCGAGGAGGAUUGAGGGUCGGCGCGCGGCUGGCCCUACCCGCACGCCGCGCCGCACCUACUCCACGCACACCACCCCUGGUAAACCAUCGCGAGUUUAGACAAUUCGACUUUUGUCCGGAACGCUAAAACAUUGAUUUGGAAUAGGCAAUCGGACAAUAUCACAAAAACUCUUUAAACGAAAUGGAAACUGUUAUUUCAUAAACUAUCCUACUUAUAAACGCGUGACGUCAUACGUGGGUACAUAAACGAGGUCAUUUGUAGUGUUUCGAGAACGAUUUAAAUUAUUAGGAAAUGUAAUCUUGUGAUUUAAUGUAACAUUAAAAUUAAUGUGUAUUCAUUUUAAUUAUUUCAGAUAAAUGUAUUGAUUAAUUAAUUAUCUGUAUGUAUCGUUGUAAAAUUACACAUUGAUUUUUGAAACCCCCCGAUUGCCUAUUGUAUUGAUAACGAUAUAGUAUUUGGCUAAUGAAUGUAGUAAUAAUCUAGAAAUAUUUAUUAUCAUCUUAGCUCCUCACGUGCGAUAUCAGCAGGCAAAUUAGAUACUAAAUUAACCUAUGUAAGUGUAAAGGUAUGGCUACAAGGAUCUUUACGUCAUUAUACGCUAUCCGUCACUGCUUUUGUAAAUAAACAUGAAAACUAUAGAAGUUUACUUAAUCAAACUAAUUGUUGAUAAACUAGUGUCUCGAAUCGGAUCUCUCGUAUAAACAUUUAUAUUAAAAUAAUGAGAUUAUUCCAUUAGAGAAUUAAGGAUUUGUAACGCAUAUCUCAUUGUCUAUACUAAAGUUUUUUUUUUUUUUUUUAAUAAAAUCAUACAUCACUUUUAAUUGGAAUGCUGUAAUUUUUUUUUUUCAUAUAUUAUUUUUUUAAUAUCGUUUUGUUUUUUUAUCUAGUUACAUAAUUCAUUUUCUUAAGAAUAUGCAUAUUAUUUUGAAAAGGUGAAUCGGACUGUGUCACAGAAUACCAUCAUCACAAGUAAAUACUACGUGUAAUCUGUAUAUAAUCAUGUUGUUAGCUUUGUAGAUAACAUUCACAUAAUAACACUUAAGUAAUAUCCGGCUAAUAUUUAGGUAUUGUAAGUUCAUAUAUUGAUGUAGAGACUUAGGAUUUAGUGAAACUUUUGACUUUUGCGUGGCCAUGUAUAAAAAUUAGUUCGAAGUAAAAUAUAACGAAAACUCGUUGUUACGAAGUUAAUAUGCGAAACCAAAAAUAAGCUUUGUGCUUUGAAAACGUUUGUGUUGUGAACACACAUGGGAAGCUGUAAUCCAGUGAGAUUAUAUGCGUAAUGAUUUAAAUACUCAUAUUUUAAGAGAUUGGUAGAAGACAUUUCUACGGUGAAUGUAAAUAGAGUAAUAAAAAAAAACAUGGUUAAUGUUCUUUUAAUGUCGGUUAAAUAAAAAUAUGUGUAUACUUAAAGAAACUCACAGUAAGUAUAAUAUCUUCUGACAACAUUUUAGCAUUUAGGUUGUUGUAUGAGAACUGAACAUUCACAUUGUGAACAUUCGUGAGUUUUUUUUGUUUGUUUUUAAUUGUAAUAAACUCAUAAUAAUUAGGUAUUUUAGAUGAAAAUGUCAUAAUAUGAAUGACAGCAAAAUUAGGUGAAUCACUAUAAUUGAAAUGCCAUAACUAGGUCAAUUUUAAUGAUGUCAAUUUGUCGAAAACCCUAAAUUAAAUACGAAUAAUGUUCUUAUUCAGUCAACAUUUUGUAAACAAGUUACGAAUUCAUACAAAAUAAAACACUUUCGUGCAAAACGUAGACCUAAAAGGACCUGAUACUACUGCACGUGACGUUUUGACAUUUCGUGACUGUCAAUUUUGACACGUGCGCGUAUUUGGGGCAGCGUUAUUUAAAUACUAAAAAAAAAACAUAUUGAAUUUUUCGCUUUAUCGAAUCGUGCAAUUUAUUAUAAGUAGGUUUUAGACGAAUAAUAAACUGUAGCCACACACACCCAUAUUAAAUAUUGUAUCAAGUAGAUUUAGUACUUGUGUAGUUGUAACUUGUAAAUCGAGUAAUGUUGAUGUAGACGCCAUUUCUAUUGUUAUUUAUUUCAUCUUAGCGUAUUUUGUUUUGUUUCAUUUUAUUAUUUCUUAAUAAUUUUUGUAAGUAAAAUGCCAGUAAUCGAAGAUUAUUUAGCGUACGUUCGUGGCUAUUAAUAUGACGUUUUAAAUUAAGUAGUACAUGCUAAGGGUUAGUAAUGUGGUUAAAUUAUUUAUUUUUUAUGUUGAAAUACUGUAUAUAGAUUGAUUUAUUUCGAUUUAAAACGUUAUCUGUGGUUAUAUGUAGCGUUACUUAACUUGUCAGUGAGCGAUCUCGAUCGAUUGAUAUUACAGCAGCAACAGUACGUACUUCUUGCCAUAAACACUCUUGUUAGUACGCAAUGUACUUAAAAAUUUGUUAAAAUUAAUGAAUAGGUUUUUUUUUUAAUUGUUUUUUUUUUGUUAUUGUCUGAACAUAUUUAAUUAGGAUUGGAGGAUCUGUUUUUAUUUCUUUCUCAAAUCAUUUAAGUAGCUAGAAUUUAGGUUUUGAAUACCAAGUAUAAAAAUUCAGGACACAUUAUCUAAAAAUUGUGCCAAAACCCAGAAAGUAUAAUAAAAUCUAAACAUUAAAAAAA